AAUGAUAACAAGAGAUUUGUGUUAAUAGGUGCUUCAAUCAUGGCCUACCGUGACGACGUCUUAAGGUACAAUAGUUAUGGAAAAGAGUAUGAAGUUCCCAGGAGACGUGUGUUCAACCUUUCUGAACUUCAAAGAGCAGAUCACAUUGCUUUCUAUCGGCUCCAAGGUAUUUAUUGUCAUCACGCUAUAGUAAAACAUGUCGAUGAAGAGAGCGGUGAAAUCAAAACUAUCGAGUACAGCAGAACUCCUUCAGGAAAAUUUCAGGUGAUGGAAAAAACGCACCGAUUUCAAGAAGUUACUGUAUACCUGAUGCUACACGAAAGUUUCGAUCGCGAUCUUGUUCUCUCGAAAGCGCAAAGUAAGAUUGGAGAGGAACAAUACAACCUAUUUACCAAUAACUGUGAAAACUUUGCCAUGUGGUGUAUCACAGGAAGAUCAUCGCGCGACCAAAUUAACAAAGGCUUAGAGAUGGUCAACGAAGAGGUCGGACAACAGCUUGUAAGUAAAGCAGCUGCCCGAGCGGAGGCAAAAAUUGCAGGCUGUAGCGCAUCACACACAGGACGAGUAAUUAUGAGAACAGGGAUGACCCACUCGAUGGCAAAAAACGGGCUUACCACGAUGGCUUCGGGUGCUGGAACUGGAGUUGGAGGAAUUCUAGCUGGAGGAGCACUUGCUGUGGCUUUUGAGGGUGUGUUAAUGGCAUAUGAUAUUGGAAAAGUACAGGGCGAUUUGAAAACAGGAAGAAUCGACCAAAAAGGAUACGACAAAACUGUGGGGAAGAGAGUUGUGACUGGCGCCAGCCGUGUAGCAGGGUCUACUUUUGGAAUGGCCGCCGGACAAGCUCUCAUUCCCGUUCCAGCUGUGGGAGCUGCUAUAGGAGGUGUGGUAGGUGCACUUGUAGGACGAUUUCUUGGAAAUCUUACCGGAAAUAUAGUUUAUGACAACGACUGUGAAGAUGGUGUUGAUUAUUAUGAAGCCGAAGACACUUAA